AUGGAUGCCUUCUCUUCCUUCUUCGAUUCUCAGCCCGGUAGCAGAAGCUGGAACUAUGAUUCUCUCAAGAACUUCCGUCAGAUUUCUGCGGCCGUCCAGAAUCAUCUUAAGCGGGUUUAUCUGACCUUGUGCUGUGCACUUGUUGCGUCUGCGUUUGGAGCUUACCUCCAUGUGCUCUGGAACAUUGGUGGUAUUCUCACAACAAUUGCUUCGAUUGGAAGCAUGAUUUGGCUGCUUACAUGUCCUGCCUAUGAACAACAAAAGAGGCUCUCGCUUCUGUUUCUCUCUACCCUUCUUCAAGGUGCUUCAAUUGGACCCUUGAUCAAAGUGGCAAUUGAUUUUGACCCAAGCAUCCUUAUUACGGCCUUUGUUGGAACUGCGUUGGCGUUUGUGUGUUUCUCGGCAGCAGCGAUGUUGGCAAGACGCAGAGAGUAUCUCUACCUCGGAGGGCUGCUUUCAUCUGGCUUAUCCAUGCUUAUGUGGCUUCAGUUUGCCUCUUGGAUCUUUGGUGGCUCUGCAUCUAUGUUUAAGUUUGAGUUGUACUUUGGACUCUUGAUCUUUGUUGGAUACAUGGUGGUGGACACACAGGAGAUUAUAGAGAAAGCACACCUCGGUGACAUGGACUAUGUGAAGCAUUCGUUGACCCUUUUCACUGACUUCGUAGCUGUGUUUGUCCGUAUUCUCAUCAUUAUGUUGAAGAACUCGGCAGAUAAAGAAGAGAAGAAGAAGAAAAGGAGAGACUAA